AUGCCGGAAUUCCCAGAGCCCAUCGUCUACAAUAUCAAGCCCACGAAACUUGUCCCCAAUUCUCCGAAACCUCUCCUUCUCUACAAGAAUGUCUUCGUACGCGAUGGCAAAAUCGAUGCUACCUCCGUCUUUGAUACCUUCCGUGCCAACGACUGGGAUGUCCAGUGGGUGACAAAGUACGGCCGCCAACAAAGGUCGCACUAUCACUCUCAAACCCAUGAAGUAAUGGUUGUAACUUCUGGGCCUGGUCGAAUUCGCUGGGGAGUAGCCGACUUGAGUGACGACUGGGAGAAGCACACUUAUGGAGAUGCCUACGAGGAGGGUGGUCUGAACCUCGAGGUCAACGUCGGCGACCUCUUUGUCAUCCCAGCUGGCGUUUCACAUAAGUCUUACGAUCCGGCUGCUACCCAUAUCGAAGCCGACUGUCUGACUGGAGCGGCCCGCGGCAUCACGGUGGAAAAUGCAAGAGUGGCAGUGUCGGAGUUUCCCGUCAGAGGGUUUGUAAUGAUGGGAGCCUAUCCACGAGGCUUCUCAUGGACUUGGGAGGAGACAGCUAGUACUCAAGAAGAAUUCGAGGCGGUGUGGAAUGUCCGUAACCCUGAAUUUGAUCCUGUUGUUGGUCAGAAGGGUGGCACCAACAAGUACUGGAAGAAUCAGCAGGAAGGGUAUAAGAGCGCCCUGUAG